CGCUCCGCUGUGCCGCCGCCUCGCUUGAUGCCGCCCGCGGGGCUCGAGCCCGCCAGGAUGAACAGGAAGAAGGGGGACAAGGGCUUCGAGAGCCCCCGGCCCUAUAAAUUAACUCACCAGGUCGUUUGUAUCAAUAACAUCAACUUCCAGAGGAAAUCUGUGGUGGGCUUUGUGGAAUUGACUAUAUUUCCUACAGUUGCAAACUUGAACAGAAUCAAGUUGAACAGCAAGCAGUGUAGAAUAUACCGAGUUAGGAUCAACGAUUUAGAAGCUGCUUUUAUUUACAAUGAUCCAACCUUGGAAGUUUGUCACAAUGAAUCAAAACAGAGAAAUCUCAAUUAUUUUUCCAAUGCUUAUGCAGCUGCGGUUAGUGCUGUGGAUCCUGAUGCAGGAAAUGGAGAACUUUGUAUUAAGGUUCCAUCAGAAUUAUGGAAACAUGUUGAUGAAUUAAAGGUUCUAAAGAUACACAUCAAUUUUUCUUUGGAUCAGCCCAAAGGAGGUCUGCAUUUUGUGGUACCCAGUGUAGAGGGAAGUAUGGCGGAGAGAGGUGCUCAUGUUUUCUCCUGUGGAUAUCAAAAUUCUACAAGAUUUUGGUUCCCAUGUGUUGACUCGUAUUCUGAAUUGUGCACUUGGAAAUUAGAAUUUACAGUAGAUGCUGCAAUGGUGGCCAUUUCCAAUGGAGACUUGGUGGAGACAGUGUAUACCCAUGAUAUGAGAAAGAAGACCUUCCAUUACAUGUUGACCAUUCCAACUGCAGCUUCUAAUAUCUCCUUGGCCAUUGGACCUUUUGAAAUACUUGUAGAUCCAUACAUGCAUGAAGUUACUCAUUUUUGUUUACCCCAACUUCUUCCAUUGCUUAAACAUACUACAUCAUAUCUUCAUGAGGUGUUUGAAUUCUAUGAAGAAAUUCUUACAUGUCGAUAUCCAUAUUCUUGUUUUAAGACUGUAUUCAUUGAUGAAGCUUAUGUUGAAGUGGCUGCUUAUGCAUCCAUGAGUAUUUUUAGCACAAAUCUGUUACACAGUGCCAUGAUCAUAGAUGAGACUCCUUUGACUAGGAGGUGCUUAGCACAGUCGUUGGCCCAGCAGUUUUUUGGAUGUUUUAUAUCCAGAAUGUCUUGGUCUGAUGAAUGGGUACUAAAGGGAAUUUCUGGCUAUAUUUAUGGACUUUGGAUGAAAAAAACUUUCGGUGUUAAUGAAUACCGCCAUUGGAUCAAAGAGGAGCUAGACAAAAUAGUGGCGUAUGAACUAAAAACUGGUGGAGUUUUACUACAUCCUAUAUUUGGAGGGGGAAAAGAGAAAGAUAAUCCGGCAUCCCACCUGCAUUUCUCAAUAAAGCAUCCACAUACGCUCUCCUGGGAAUACUAUACUAUGUUUCAGUGUAAAGCUCAUCUAGUGAUGAGGUUGAUUGAGAAUAGAAUCAGUAUGGAAUUUAUGCUGCAGGUUUUUAAUAAAUUGCUAAGUUUGGCUAGUACUGCGUCAUCUCAGAAGUUCCAGUCGCAUAUGUGGAGUCAGAUGUUGGUUUCCACAUCUGGAUUUUUGAAGUCUAUCUCAAAUGUCUCUGGCAAAGACAUCCAGCCUUUAAUAAAGCAAUGGGUAGAUCAGAGUGGAGUAGUAAAGUUCUAUGGAAGUUUUGCAUUUAAUAGAAAACGAAAUGUCUUGGAAUUAGAAAUAAAACAAGAUUAUACAUCUCCUGGAACUCAGAAAUAUGUGGGACCACUUAAAGUGACAGUGCAGGAGUUAGAUGGAUCCUUCAAUCAUACAUUGCAAAUUGAAGAAAACAGCCUUAAACAUGAUAUUCCGUGCCAUUCUAAAAGCAGGAGAAAUAAGAAGAAAAAAAUUCCAUUGAUGAAUGGAGAAGAAGUUGACAUGGAUCUCUCUGCAAUGGAUGCCGACUCUCCUUUGCUGUGGAUAAGGAUUGAUCCCGAUAUGUCUGUCCUGAGGAAGGUAGAGUUUGAACAGGCUGAUUUCAUGUGGCAAUACCAGCUCCGCUAUGAGAGGGAUGUUGUUGCACAGCAGGAAUCCAUUUUGGCUCUGGAAAAGUUUCCUACUCCUGCAUCUCGUCUUGCCCUCACCGACAUAUUAGAACAAGAACAGUGUUUCUACCGAGUACGAAUGUUGGCCUGCUUUUGCCUCGCAAAGAUUGCAAAUUCAAUGGUGAGCACAUGGACUGGACCACCAGCCAUGAAGUCACUCUUCACUAGAAUGUUCUGUUGUAAGACUUGUCCAAAUAUCGUGAAAACAAACAACUUCAUGAGUUUUCAAAGUUAUUUCCUACAGAAGACUAUGCCAGUUGCAAUGGCCUUAUUGAGAGACGUUCACAAUCUUUGUCCCAAAGAAGUCUUAACAUUUAUUUUAGACUUAAUCAAGUACAAUGACAACAGAAAAAAUAAGUUUUCAGAUAACUAUUAUCGUGCCGAAAUGAUUGAUGCCCUUGCCAAUUCUGUUACGCCUGCAGUCAGUGUGAAUAAUGAAGUUCGAACUUUGGAUAACUUAAAUCCGGAUGUGCGACUCAUACUUGAGGAAAUCACCAGGUUUUUGAAUAUGGAGAAACUUCUUCCAAGUUAUAGACAUACCAUCACUGUUAGUUGUCUGAGAGCAAUACGAGUGCUGCAGAAGAAUGGACAUGUGCCAAGUGAUCCAGCUCUUUUCAAGUCUUACGCAGAAUAUGGCCACUUUGUAGACAUUCGGAUAGCGGCUUUGGAAGCUGUGGUUGAUUAUACUAAAGUGGACAGGAGUUAUGAAGAACUACAAUGGCUACUUACUAUGAUUCAGAAUGACCCUGUACCCUAUGUAAGGCAUAAAAUUCUGACCAUGCUGACCAAGAACCCACCAUUUAUCAAGAACAUGGAGUCUCCCUUAUGCAAUGAGGCCCUUGUUGAUCAGCUUUGGAAACUAAUGAAUUCUGGUACCUCGCAUGACUGGAGAUUACGCUGUGGUGCUGUGGACCUGUACUUCACCCUUUUUGGCCUCAGUAGACCAUCAUGCCUACCCUUACCAGAACUUGGGUUGGUUCUUAACCUAAAAGAGAAAAAAGCUGUUUUGAAUCCUACUAUAAUUCCAGAGGCCAUAGCAGACAGUCAAGAAGUUGUGAUUAAUCCAAGUAUUCACGCACAGCUCAUUGGAUUUCAGAACCCUUUUUCUAAUUCUCAAGAUGAGGAGGAGAUUGAUAUGGAUACUGUUCAUGAUAGUCAGGCCUUUAUUUCCCAUCACUUGAAUAUGCUUGAAAGACCAUCAACUCCAGGGCUCUCUAAAUUUCGGCCAGCUGUCUCUAGAUCUUCUCUGAUGCCUCAGCACUCAUCAGGAAGCGAGGGCCCACCUGCCACGAAACCCCCAUGGAAUCUGGAACUUAGCCGGAAAGGAACAGGUAAGGAGCCAACACCUAUGGAAUUGAGUGCACAUCCCACAGCAGCAGCUCCACUCUCCAUGUUCACUAAGGAAUCGGCAUCCUCAAAACACAGUGACCACCAUCACCACCACCACCAUGAGCACAAGAAGAAGAAGAAGAAGCACAAACAUAAGCACAAGCAUAAGCACAAGCAUGACAGUAAAGAGAAAGACAAGGAGCCUUUCACUUUCUCCAGCCCUGCCAGUGGCAGGUCUAUCCGUUCCCCUUCUCUCUCUGACUGAGGAGUCCAGCAGGCCUUUUCCACAGUCAGUGUCCAGAAGAAUAUAUUCAAAGAAAAACUUUGUUCUCUAGGACGAAGAAUGAACGGGGGGAAAGAGUUGCCACAUAGAUAUUCAGUUAGUUACCUUUAUGUUCUAAGCAUUGGUUUACGUUCUUUUUAUACCAUUGCACUCUAAUUUAAAUGUGUGUUUUGUAGUUCUGAAUAAGCCAUUUUAUCCAGUUUCCUCUUGAAAACACCAAGCAGAUUUCAUAAAGGUCCUUAGAUAUCCUCUGGCAGUCCCCAUUCAAUUCACAUCAUGGUCUGUGUGUUCUGCCAAAGUCAAUUAUGUUUUAAAGACUUUGGUA